CACUUGGCUGCUUAAAUUGGUGUCCUCUACCUAUCAAGCUUUGAUAUUUCUAUCCUCAAGGAAGCAUCGUCAGAGAUACUAGGAAGUAGCGGAGCUGGAAUAAAAUUAUGCUUACAGAACAUCAGAAUUCUUCCCCUCUUCCACAUAAAUAACAAUAUUAAGGGACUCAGCCCAUACAUAUCCCCUUUCUCCAUAUGUUUAGGUCCAUGCACACACGAGACAGUGAAAAUCAUGUCCAGCUCGGUGUUUCGAAUUCUUGUGCUUCUGGUAUCCCUCACGGUACAAGCAUCUGGGGCUGCAUCUGGACUUGCAAGGCCUAACUGUACUGAAACGUGUGGGAACGUCACCAUUCCCUUCCCCUUCGGGAUAGGAACCGGGUGUUUCUUGGAUGACUGGUACGAGAUCGUCUGCCAGCCAAACAACACGGUUCCCAUACUAAAGAAGAUCAAUUUACAAGUUCUCAACAUUUCACUCCCCGAUUAUCGUGGAUCCAUGAACGGCAUGAUUAGGGUCAGUCUUCCAUUAAUUUACUCAAAUGCAAGCUGUGGGGGCGAAGGACUUGGCGUGCCAGUGAGCUUAGAAGGAAGUCAAUUUGUCUUCUCCCAGACAUGGAACGUCUUUAUGUCCGUCGGUUGCAACACCCUGGCAACAGUGAAUAGUACAGAAUCUGCUGUUGUCGGUUGCAGGUCGAAAUGUGAUGGAACCAACACCAACAUUAGCCGGUAUAGUGCUUGUGUCGGGAGGGACCAAUGUUGCCAGACUACACUCCCCUUUAACCUUCAGGGCUUUAGUGUGGAUUUCAAAGAAGAAGGUGGACCUCAGGGAUGCAAGUAUGCUUUCCUGGCAGAUAGAUCAUGGUUCAUGAGGUCUAGCGAUACAGGUCUAUAUGAUUUGCGUUUGAAUGACACGGUUCCAGUGGUGUUGGAAUGGGGGAUUUCAAACGAUACCAACUACAAACUUGAUCUUAUCCUGCAAGGCUAUGGCUCAGGCUAUCUUGAUCCCUUCAGAUGUAGCAGAUACAGCCUCUAUGGAGGGUUUUCAAGUGAAAUGCCAUUUAUGCAGUGCUAUUGCGGAUGGGGUUAUAGUGGGAACCCCUAUCUUAUUGGAGGAUGCCAAGAUAUUAAUGAAUGUGAAGGUCCAGAUAAGUGCUCCGGGAUUUGUGUGAACAAACAGGGCGGCUAUGACUGCGUCGCUGGUAGAAAGACAGCUAUUCUUAUUGGGGUUGGGGCAGGCGUUGGGGCACUAGUUUUGUGUAUUUUCUUGUGGAGGUUGUACAAAUACAUCAAGAAGAGAAAAGAAAUCAAGCUUAAAGAGAAGUACUUCAAACGCAAUGGCGGCCUUUUGUUGAAAAGCGAGCUAUCUUCACCGGAAGGCAAUGUUGAGAAAAGCAAAUUGUUCAAUUCCAAGGAUUUAGAGAAGGCAACUGAUAAUUUCAAUGAUGACAGGAUACUCGGGCAAGGUGGACAGGGUACUGUUUACAAGGGAAUGUUAACAGAUGGAAAAAUAGUUGCGAUUAAGAAAUCAAAAGUGAUCGACGAGGGAAAAGUCGAACAAUUCAUAAAUGAAGUCCUCAUUCUCUCACAAAUCAACCAUAGGAAUGUGGUUAAGUUAUUGGGGUGUUGCUUGGAGACGGAAGUCCCGCUUUUAGUAUAUGAGUUCAUAUCUAACGGGACUCUAUAUCAAUAUCUGCAUGACCCAAAUCAAGAGUUUCAUGUAACGUGGGACACACGGCUACGAAUCGCAACUGAAAUCGCAGGAGCAUUAUUCUACUUGCAUUCAGCAGCCUCUAUUCCCAUUUAUCAUCGAGACAUCAAGUCCACCAAUAUCCUUUUGGAUGAGAAAUAUCGGGCAAAAGUAGCAGAUUUCGGUACUUCCAAGUCGGUUUCCCUUGAUCAAACUCAUGUAACCACAUUGGUGCGGGGCACUUUCGGCUAUUUAGAUCCUGAGUAUUUCCAAUCAAGUCAAUUCACAGACAAAAGUGAUGUGUACAGCUUUGGAGUGGUACUUGUUGAACUCUUAACGGGGCAAAAACCAAUUUCUUCACUGAGGGAACAAGAAGGAAGAAGCCUCGCGACCUAUUUCAUAAUCUCGAUGGAGGAAAAUCGCUUGUUUGACAUUGUCGAUGCUCAAGUUUUGAAAGAAGGUAACAAGGAAGAGAUUGCAUCAGUUGCUAACCUUGCGAAAAGGUGCUUAAACUUGAAUGGGAGGAACCGACCAGCAAUGAAAGAAGUGGCAGUGGAGUUGGAGGGGAUAAGGAAGCUCCGAAAUCCUUCGGAUAUACUUCAAAAUCAGGAGAACUGCGAAGCAACUAAAUCUUAUGAUGCUGCUUUUCCAUCUAAGAAGUCAAACAUUGACAUGGAUGUCAUUACAUUUUCGGAUGUUCAGCCGCUUUUACCUAGUGAGACAUGGUGAAGAUCUGUUUUGCCUCUUACCCUUAUGAGUCAUAUUGCUCCGUUUGUCAUGGAAAUCGGUCUUCAGACCAAAAGAAAGAGAAAAAAAAGAAUGGAGGAAAACUCGUUCCUUUACUAAUAGGACUUCGGUUAGUUAGUCAUUGGUUAUGAAGUUAUAUUCUCGGAGUUCGGAUCGGUCAAAUGUUAAACUAUACUAUCCCAAAUUUAUUUAGGUCUUUGUAGUUAGCUAGGCGUUAUCAUUCAGUGGAUGUGCCAAUUUGGAAAUACUUUGCAAAUUGCAAUCAUCUUUAUCGAGCAUGAUGCAGUGAUUUUACUUGAUCGUGAGAUUCAUCAA